ACGCGUUUUCCAUUCCUUCGCUGUGCGUUCGCGUUCGCAAAAGAAAACUUUUUCCAAUAGAAACGCUCUUUCGCAGUAAACCAUAACCUUCUAUCCCCACCGGAAGGAGACGCCAGACGUGGUUGCGGUCAGCUCAGUCCCAACGUUACAUCAACGCACCAGACGCCCGGAGUCUUGCACCGGUAGUGCACAACGUUCGAAGAAGCGAAUAAGAGCAGCAUUCCUUGAACCGACCAACAGAAAUGGCGGAAUCCACUAUCGAAAGUAAUAAUGCCUCCGCUGCGACCGCCGCAGCUGGUGCUGAAAAUUGGGUAAAAAAGGUUGAAGACCAAGAAAUCUCCAAUAUGGUUGACGGGUUGAAGCUUGAAAAGGGUAAUGGUCUAGUUGGAGCGCAAACGGAUGACCCGAGUACAUCAGCGCCGGUCGUUGGAAAUGGAACAGGGGCUGUCACCCCUGCAGUACCACCAACAGCACCACCAACCGGCGAGGAAGAAAUUGAAAAUGCCAAUCCGGCUGAUGCAAGUUUGCUAAUGAAGAUUAUUCGCAAGGGUUUGGUAGAGUCCAAGCUGGAUUUGGAGGUGCAGCGGCGGGAUCCAACGUCGCCAUUGCAUUCGGUGAAGUCGUUCGAGGCGCUGCAUUUGAAGCCAGAGCUGCUGCAAGGUGUUUAUGCCAUGGGCUUCAAUGCACCGUCAAAGAUUCAGGAGACAGCCCUGCCGACUCUGUUAGCCGAUCCGCCGCAAAACAUGAUUGCCCAGAGUCAGUCCGGAACGGGCAAGACGGCGGCAUUCGUACUGGCAAUGUUGAGCCGUGUCGAUACGACCAAAAACUAUCCACAGGUGCUCUGCCUGUCGCCCACGUACGAGUUGGCUAUUCAGACGGGCGAGGUGGCGGCCAAGAUGUCGAAAUAUUGCCACGACGUGAAGCUGCGCUAUGCCGUCCGUGGGGAAGAGUUGGCGAAAGGCGCGAAGAUCACCGAUCACAUUAUCAUCGGCACACCGGGCAAGCUUCUGGACUGGGGCCUUAAGUUCCGGGCGUUCGAUCUGCGUAAAAUUACGGUGUUUGUACUGGAUGAAGCCGAUGUGAUGAUUGCUACCCAGGGGCACCAGGACCAGUGCAUUCGAAUCCAUAAACAACUUCCUCCCACCUGUCAGAUGAUGUUCUUUUCGGCGACAUAUGAGAAGGACGUUAUGGAGUUUGCCGAAUACAUCGUUCCGAAACCAAUCGUCAUUCGACUGGCACGCGAGCAGGAAUCGCUGGAUAACAUCAAGCAGUACUAUGUAAGGUGUAAGGAUCAGAACGAAAAAUAUCAAGCCAUUUCGAACAUCUAUGGGGUUAUUACCGUUGGCCAGGCCAUCAUUUUUUGUCACACUCGUCGUACUGCUUCGUGGCUAUCUGGAAAAUUGUCCAAGGAUGGACAUUCCGUGGCAGUUCUCUCCGGUGAACUGACCGUAGAGCAGCGACUGGCCGUCUUGGAUCGAUUCCGUGCUGGGAUGGAGAAGGUGUUGAUCACUACGAAUGUUCUAUCGCGCGGAAUCGAUGUGGAACAGGUGACAAUUGUGGUAAAUUUCGAUUUACCUAUGUUCCAGGACGGCCGAGCGGAUUGUGAAACUUAUUUGCAUCGCAUCGGUCGAACCGGCCGUUUUGGAAAGAACGGUAUUGCAAUCAAUCUCGUGGAUAGCGAGCACAGUAUGAAAAUCUGUAAAACCAUUGAGUCGCACUUCCAGAAGAAAAUUCAGCUUCUCGAUGCAGAGAACUCCGACGAGAUCGAAAAAAUUGGAUCCUAGAUGUGCGUACCAGAGGAGCUAAGCGUUGUUUAUAAUUUACUUUUUUUUUUUACUCAUAAAAGCUUCAUGAAUAUGAGAUUUUAAUUGAUCGUUUUACAAACGGUUAACUACCUUAAAAUACAAUGAUGCAUUGGACCCAGACGAAUGGAGAUAUUGAUUGAGAUGACUUAUGGUUUAUUAAAGAAUACGAAUUAAUCGAG